UUGAUACUUUUGGUUUUUAUUCAAGUGUGCUUAAUCUCAUUGGUAUUACCUGCUGAUCCAUGUGUUUUUGAAUUUAUAUGUCCACCUGGAUAUAUGUGCUUAUUUAAUUUUUGCUAUCCUAUCUCCCAAACGUUGGAAGUAUUGUAAAAGAACGUUGGAAGUAUUUUAAAAGAUGUUAAAAAAAUAAAUCCAAAAGAGAUUAAUUUGUUUGUGAUUUUAUUGAAAAUAUCUUUCGGAUAAGAAAUUUAACAAUUUAGCUGGCACAAAAAUAAAUGUUUAUUCUCUAUAGAAUGUGUACAAAGUAGGCGAAGGUGGAAUAUAUCUAAGAUUAUGGGAAAUACAUUGUAAUUUAAAGUAAGAGGGAUAACGAUGGAUUUGUCGGUAUUAUGAGAGAUUAUGAGGAAUUUAAAAUAUCGAGGAAUAAAGUGGGAUAUCAGUCUACAAACGAAAAUAUAAUAGAUAGUUGUUCCAACAACAGGCACAACAAAAAUAUUUGUUCAAAUGACGGCAACUGUAGUUUCAUCAACAUCAAAGAGUAAAGUGUUGUUCAGUUGGGAAAAUUGAUUGGGGAAGUUUUUACGUCAACGGGAAAGUUUUAUAACGACGGGGAAGGAUGCUUAAAGUACGGGUAUGUUGUUCCAAGCAUUAAGAAAAUUUUGUUAAGUUCCAAUAGAAAUUUGGUCCUAGUAAGGAUAAUUCUAAAAGAUUAUAUACAAUUUUACGAUUUUUUCGAUUUUCUGCGACUUG